AUGGGACACCAGCCACCUCCAAGUCCUCCAGUCGAUUGGUCAAGCUUCAAAAACAGUGCUUUGCCAAAUCUGGAAUCCAGGCUGAAGUUCACAACGCACUACGCUCUGUGCGUUAUAGACUGCGAUCAUUGGGACAAUCCUAGCCUAAGUCUACUCGAUAAAUUCAGGGGCGCAAAAUUCUGGGAUCACCCGGGAGAUAGAACAAUACUCGCAUCUUCACAAAGCAGCAGGAGCAAUAGAAGCAUGAAGAUGCCGGGUUUGAAUGCAUGCAUCACCUGGAACGAUGCCGACAUCUUUGAAAUAGAAAGUGGAGAAGAAAUUGGACGGACAGACAUGUCAGAUGACGAAAUAACGCAAGGUUGGUUAUGA